UCCAAUUGAUUUUGACCUUCGUACGUGUUGUUGUCUAUCAAGCCAAGCAAGGUUUCAACCGACGACAACCUCCCUUUGGUAACCAAUCUAGCUUCAUUCUUCAGUGUUGUUUUAGACCAUCACUAGCUAGUAGUCGUAGACCAUGUACUCGAACAUCAGGAAAGCCGUUGUCAUCGUGGCCUUUGCCUCCUCGGUCUCUGUGCAGGCAAGUGCCUUUGCACCCAAUCCGGCUAUUAAGACUGUCGCGGGUAGCUCGGGGAUCAGUGAGCCAAAGGCGUUUCGAUAUGUUCGUGGUGCCGAUGUGAAGUCUUCGACAGCUCUGGCACUCUCCUCCAGUGGAGGUGCCAAGGCUGUAGCCGAAGAACCCAAGGGGGGUGGCCUUAUGGAGAGUCUGACUGUGGGCUCCUAUUUUGCCCUGUGGUAUCUAUUCAACAUUGCCUACAACAUCUACAACAAGAAAGCCUUGAAUGUCCUUGACUACCCCUGGACGGUCGCCACUAUCCAAAUGGCCGCUGGUAUUCUCUAUUUUGUUCCUCUCUGGCUCACUGGAGCCCGUAAGGCACCCAAGCUCAGUGCCGCGGAGUUGAAGACUCUUUUCCCCAUUGCUCUUUGCCACACAGGAGUUCACGUUGGUGCUGUGAUUGCUCUUGGAGCCGGUGCUGUGUCUUUUGCCCACAUUGUGAAGGCAUCUGAACCCGUGGUCACUUGCUUGUUCAAUGCUGUGCUUUUGGGCGAGACUUUCCCCCUCCCAGUUUACCUUACUCUUCUCCCUAUCAUUGGAGGAGUUGCCAUUGCAUCCAUGAAGGAGCUUUCUUUCACUGUUUUGGCGUUGGCUUCUGCUAUGCUUUCCAAUGUCUCCUCGGCUGCACGUGGUGUAUUGUCUAAGAAGACCAUGUCUGGAAAGAAAAUUGGUGAAAACCUUGAUGCCCAAAAUCUUUAUGCCGUUUUGACGGCCAUGUCAACGCUGAUCCUCAUCCCAGCCUGCUUGGCUAUGGAGGGAACGAGCUUCUUCACUGCAUUCAAGGGAGUUGCCGCUGGCCCUGACUUCACUACAAAGUCCCUUGCUGUGCUCUUGGCUCUUGGUGGUGCUUCAUACUAUGCCUACAAUGAAGUUGCUUUCCUUGCCCUUGGAAAGGUGAACCCAGUUACCCACGCCGUCGGAAACACCAUCAAGCGAGUUGUCAUCAUUGUUGCCUCUGUGGUUGCUUUCAAGACACCAAUGAGCACUGGAUCUAUUAUUGGAUCAUCCAUUGCCAUCGCUGGUACCCUGAUGUACUCUUUGGCAAUGAAUGCUUCAAAGGCCAAGAAGGCCUAAGCAACAAAUGAAGCAGUUGCUAAUGAAUUGCUUUCUUUGAUUCGCUAGCUAGAUGUUAUGAUAGGGCGCUAAAUGUUUAAAGAAAAAUGUGCCAUAUUCUACGGUACCAGUACCAUUUCAGUAUGACAUUCUGCAACAAAUCAGCAUUGUUGAUAACUAACUGUUCUCUAAGCGCAUCAGCGUGAUUAGAUUGGUAUGCCCUAGAAAUGCUCAUCUUCGUUUGGAUGCUGGUGAGAUGGAAAAGAAACACCACACCAACCACCCAGUAUCCUGUCCUCUGCAUCCCGGUUGGGAGUGGCAGUCUGUCACGUCGCAUGUUAAUGCCACGGAUCUGCUGAGGAGUAAGCAGGUGACGCGGAACUGCUGUUUGAAGCCUUCUCCUUGCACAGCGAAGACUAAUCGCCCCCAUAGCAUAGUGACUGAAAUUUACCAGAGUCAAAUAGCACAACUAGAUAGAUAAGUUUCCUUCGGCGGUAUCUUUACAAUAAUGAUAAAUGGCUAGAGCUGAGAAGUGAGACUGC